UUAGAGUGCUGAGAAUUUAUCAUUUUGGAGGUCAAUGAUAUCCGACGAGAACUGGUUCCUUUGUUGUUGGCAUAACUAGCGAUGAAAGUCACUUUCUUUUAACUUUCUCGCGAGCAUGCCAUCAGUCUUAUUCCACGCUUAACACGGAAUGCAAUUCGUAAGCAAUUUAUAUACGACUAAUCGUCGUAUUUUUGUCAGUGUGUUUUAUUAUUACGAGGUGUGACUUAUACACGAGUUGUUGUAUAAAAACAAUAAAAAUAUAUUUUGUAAAAUAACUUUUGUGAAAAGUUUGUCAAAGAAAAAAAUCGUUAAAUUAUAUAGUUUGAAAAAAUUUUUAUCGUUCUAAGUGCAUCUGCAAUUAGUUACACGAAAAUUAUACUACUUUAAUAUAAUUUAUAUGCAAUGAAAAAAGAAACUAUUUUCACAAUCGUUUAUUUUUAUUUUAACACAAAAAACCUACCAUGAGCGGUCAUUUGACCGUUAUAAAAAUUCAUGAUUUUUAAGAUUAUAUUCUUCGAAAUCGUUUUCCUUAAAUAAUUAUAUCAUAUUUAUGUUACAUGACAGAAGUAAUCAAACUUAUCGAGUUUAAUUGGAUAAUAACAAAGAAUAAAAGAUUAAUCAAUAACGGAAACUUAUCGUACGCGAGAUAACUAAUAACCAAUUGAACUUUAAUAAUUGUUUAUUAUUAAAAAACAAAAAUACGUUAUAUAAACUCAGAUAAUAAUCAUUCUUACGAUAAUAUCUACACACAAAUAUCAUAUUUUAACACGUUAGUUCCGUCGAAGAAUUUAAGACUAAUACUUCGAUAAGAAUUUUGUUUAUCGAAUAAUGGGAUUUCUUCGACAAAAAACGGAAAAUCAAAACUCUGCGAGACAGACAUUCGCGACAAAUGUAACAUCUCAAGCUCAUCAUGUAUCAAGAGCUAAACGUGGCCAAGCUGUUGGUACUAUUCGUGGUUUUCGUGGAUGUACGAUAUGGAUGACAGGACUUUCUGGAGCUGGAAAAACUUCCAUAUCGUUCAAGCUAGAAGAAUUUCUUGUAUCCCAGGGUAUACCAGCUUAUGGUUUGGAUGGGGAUAACGUUCGGACCGGUUUAAAUCGGAAUUUGGGUUUUAGCAAAGAGGAUCGCGAAGAAAAUGUUAGACGAGUUGCCGAAGUAGCCAAAUUGUUUGCCGAUGCUGGUGUAAUUACUUUGUGUAGUUUCGUGUCACCUUUCGAGGAAGAUAGGAGGAUGGCAAGAAAAAUUCACGAAAAUUCGGAACUACCGUUCUUUGAGAUAUUCGUUGACGCGUCAUUGAAAAUUUGCGAGGCACGAGACGUUAAAGGUCUUUAUAAGAAAGCUAGAUCUGGUAUCAUCAAGGGUUUUACCGGUAUCGAUCAAAAAUACGAAAUACCAAUGAAACCUGAUUUCGUUGUUAACACGGAAAAUUCAACGGUAGAGGAAUCUACUGCCAAGGUUAUCGAAUUUCUUGAAAAUCUUUCUAUCAUACCAAAGAUGUACGGAUUGGGAAGACCAGUCGAUGAAUUAUUUGUUCCCGAAUCGAUGAUCGAUGAUAUUAAAAUAGAGGCACAAUAUUUACAAGCGAUUGAAAUCAACGAAAUCGAUUUGCAAUGGAUUCAAGUUCUCGCCGAAGGUUGGGCAGCUCCGCUUAAAGGAUUUAUGACGGAGGAACAAUAUUUACAAGCUCAACAUUUCAAUUGCUUAACGGAAAAUGGUGUUCAAAUAAAUCAGUCAAUUACGAUAGUUCUCGCUGUUAGUAGUAUCGACAAGGAACGUUGUGAGAACGUUAAAUCUUUAACCUUGAAAUACAAUGAAAAAAGUAUCGCGAUUCUUAGGAAUCCGGAAUUUUAUUUUCAUCGUAAGGAAGAACGUUGUUCGAGAGAAUUCGGCACAAAUGAUCCCGGUCAUCCUUACGUUAAAAUGAUACACGAAUCAGGUGAUUGGUUGUUAGGCGGUGAACUCGAGGUACUCGAAAGAAUACGAUGGAACGAUGGUCUUGACCAAUAUAGAUUGACUCCUAAUGAGAUCAGAGCUAAAUAUCGUCAGAUCGGCGCGGAUGCAGUAUUCGCUUUUCAGCUUCGAAAUCCUAUACACGAUGGGCAUGCCCUUCUUAUGCAGGACACAAGAAAACGUUUGCUCGAACGUAAUUACCGUAAACCAGUUCUUCUUUUGCAUCCUUUGGGUGGCUGGACGAAAGACGACGAUGUACCUUUGCCUGUUAGAAUAAAACAACACCAAGCUGUUCUAGAAGAUGGUAUCUUACACGAGGAUACGAUUUUAGCUAUAUUCCCUAGUCCCAUGUUAUAUGCAGGACCAACAGAAGUACAAUGGCAUGCCAAAGGUAGAUUAAUCGCUGGCGCUAAUUUUUAUAUAAUUGGCAGAGAUCCUGCCGGUAUACCACAUCCGAAUAAAAACGCUACACCCGAUGGUAAUUUAUAUGACAGUACACAUGGUGCUAAAGUACUUUCGAUGGCACCUGGUCUUCAAAAUCUUGAAAUUAUACCUUUCCGAGUAGCCGCUUACGAUAUAAAAGAACAAAAAAUGGCCUUUUAUGAUCACAAAAGACAAAAUGAUUUUAUAUUUAUUUCAGGAACGAAAAUGAGAGCUUUAGCGAAGUCUGGAGAAAAUCCACCAGAAGGUUUUAUGACACCGAAAGCAUGGAAAAUCUUAUCAGAAUACUAUCAGAGAAUAAACAAUAAAUGAUAAUUUCUCGAUCAAUUGGACUAUUAGAUAUAAUUUAGAUAAUAUUUUUUACGUAUUUAU